ACCCUAUACCGGAUCUGCCCCUCCUUCCUAAGGCCAAUAGUGUCGAGGUCCUGCAAAAUAUCCUCCGAGGUGCGAGAGAGGGCAGGCGUCGCCAGCCUCUCAAUCAUUUCCCAAUAUUGGAAACCUUCGCCUCCUCGUCCUCCUCCUCCUCUCCCCUUCUUCCCGUUCUAUCCUAGAUUCCCGCGAGACCCCAACAGAAGAGCAGAUCUUCUUACUUAACGGAAGUCGCCUCAGUGGAGUAAACAGAGAAAGAUAGUAUCAAAUUAAUAUCGGAUCCCUGACUGGAGAUAUCUAGGGUUCGGCGCCAGGUUAGACCCUUGUCGGCAUGCCGUGGCGCGUCGAUUGAGGGCGGAAUUUGGGGAGGAUCGAGAGGAGGCAGUGAUGUAUAGGGACCGAGGAUCGGGAGGAGGGAUGAGCGCUGCCAAGGCCGAGAUUGGCACCCUUGAUCGGAAACGAAUCAACGAUGCGCUCGACAAGCACCUGGAGAAAUCUUCGCCGUCGACAUCCCGGGGGAUUAACGGCAAAGAGAAGGAGCGGCUAUCGGUGCCAUCGACCUCAGCUGGAAAGCAGCAUGAUAACCCGGCCGGCCUCUCCAAAAACAAACGCUCCGAUGACGAAUCUGAUAGCGAGGAAUCCGAUGUUAGUGGUUCUGAUGGAGAUGACACUUCAUGGAUCGCAUGGUUCUGUAGCUUGAAAGGCAACGAAUUCUUCUGUGAAGUGGAUGAUGAAUAUAUACAAGAUGAUUUCAAUCUCUGUGGGUUAAGCAGCCAAGUCCCUUACUACGAUUAUGCCCUUGAUCUGAUUUUGGAUGUUGAAUCUUCUCAUGGUGAUAUGUUCACUGAGGAACAAAAUGAGUUAGUUGAGUCUGCAGCAGAGAUGCUGUAUGGCCUGAUCCAUGCUCGCUACAUUUUGACUGGUAAAGGAAUGGCUGCAAUGUUAGAGAAGUACAAGAACUAUGAUUUUGGAAGAUGCCCUAGGGUUUAUUGCUGUGGUCAACCCUGCCUUCCGGUUGGUCAAUCAGACAUCUCUCGAUCCAGUACUGUGAAAAUAUUUUGUCCCAAGUGUGAAGAUGUUUAUUACCCAAGAAUCAAGAACCAAGGCAACAUUGAUGGAGCUUAUUUCGGGACAACAUUUCCUCACCUGUUCUUAAUGACGUACCCUCACCUGAAGCCCCAGAAGGCCUCCCAGCGAUACAUUCCCAGAGUUUUUGGCUUCAAAAUUCACAAGCCCUGAUUGAGGGCUAUGGAAGCAAGAUAAGUGCUCUACAGAAUGGGAAAGCCUCUUUUUAACCCUCAUUCAAGUGUUUAGUUAUGAGCUUACGAAUUCAUAAUCAUGUUAUUGUUUAUUUUUCAGUAGCUGUAGACAAGGAGCGUGUGUAAAACCUGCUAUGGUUGAUUAUUAAUUUGCUUGUGUCAAAUCUUUAGUUUUGUUU